UAGCGUCGCUGUCGGCAUACAGCUCAAAUGGGCGUGUCGUAUCUACUUAUACAUAUCUUUGUUUUUGACGAAUCACAAGGUGGCAGUAAUGCGCAUUGAAAUCCCUUUUCAAACCACCAAAAGCGCAGAGAAUAAACGAAGAACAGGAAGACGAAAACUACGUAGAUGAAGACGCAGGAGUUGGCUCACCAGAGGACAACGACGAGGACGAUUUUACGGUUAUAAACACACUGCUAUUUUCCAGUUGGCCUCAGCUCUCACGGUCUGGUGGAGAAUCUGUCAGGUGUGAUGCUGUCUUACUGAAGCAGUGGUGGUUGUGAUAUUUACCUGACUGGAAACAAACUCAUCAAAGAGAGGAGGCCACCUGUCAAACCACGCUGUGCAUACAGAAUAAUUUGCAUCUUGCACGCACCCUUCAUUUGGAGUCGAUUUCAACCUGCACCAAAGGUACCAGAGGGACCCUUUUCACAUAUGGACCCGCAGAAGAUGCGACUACAAUGAUAGCACAUUGAUCAGAUUGCCACUCAUGGGUAGAUUGUUCUUGGUUAGCUUUCCAUCCUUGUGACGAUAACAUUUGGAGUACAAGUGCCACAGGUUGACUGCUGAGCUACUCCCUCGCGUGAUCCACCUGAAUCUUCUCAAUAGACUGUACUUCAGCAAAACUCAUAGCAACAGUAUCUGCCAGCCUGCUGCUAUGUAUCGCCACAAGUCCCAGUCACAAGCCCCACAGUCUUUCUCCAACACGUCGAGAACUGAUCAACAACAACCUCCAAAUCAACAACAUAAUGCCCCUGCCUCAAACAUGUUGUCUGGCUUCCCAUUUCCUCGCCCCACCCAACUUCCUGAUGAGCUGGAGUCAGCUCUGGCUAUUCGUGGUGCCAGGGACAUGGACCAUCACCUCACUGACCACACAAGUCGGCCAAAUCAACAUCAGAACCAAGGCACAGUGUCUGUAAUCGGUCAACAUGGAUGCUACAGUACUAGCCCUAGAACACUGACCAGUGAUAAUCAAACUAGCCACCAUCAUAGGGGCGACUGGUCAAACUUCCAACCUCCAUCUAAAUUGUUUGCCAGCUCUGCAUCUGAUGGGACUUAUCACUCUCAGCAACUCCAAGGGCUUCACCAGCAGACUCAAAGCAACCAAAGUGGAUCAGUCGUUCCAAGCUGGGUAUCAAGCGCCUCGUCCUCAUCCCAAGCCCAACAACCCCAUUGUGGAGUUGGGGAUGGUCAGGGUUUGUAUACACCUGAAAGUGCAGGAAGUAUCUUGGCGAGCUUCGGACUAUCAAAUGCCGACCUCGAAGUGCUGAGUCACUACCCAGAUGAUCAGCUAACCCCAGAUACAUUACCUUUUAUUCUCCGUGACAUACAAAUCAACAAGUCGGACAACCAAAAUACAGUGGCACGCAACAUUCAUGGCAAGAUCCUUCCUCCUACAAACACUUCCCAACUGACUGAUACCUGCUUGUCUGAAGUGCCCAGUCUUCUGAUGGUUACAAAGACAGCAGGUAAAGUCAUUGACUAUGGCCAUGCCAGUCGUGCAAAGGAAUGUACAACUAAAGAGACUUUCAAAAGGGAUAAACUCUCAAGUGAAAGAGUGGUUCAGAUGUUCUCAUCUGCAUCAACUCCAAAAGUAGAAAAGGCAGAAAAACGUCAUAUACGUAUGGUACACAUGGAAUCAAGCAAGCAUGGAGACCGGGACUAUCGCAGGACAAGUGGUGACCAUCACAAGAGCAGUCUUUCACGGAGUAGUGAAGGUCCACCGUCUAAAUCUCGUGUCGUUGACAAAGACUACAGGCACAAUGGAUCCAAGCAAAGGCUCUCAUCUGAAUCGAGGAAGGAGGUGUACUCAAGGCGGUCUCUUUCGUCUUCCUCUGGCACAAGCGGACACAAUACCAGCAAGAAGUUCCCUGACUCCACCCUUAUAAGUGAUUUCUCUGGCACAAGUCCAAAAGUGUUUCCUCAUUCCUGCUCCCUGUGCCACAUUCAGUGUGAUCAUAAAAAGGACUGGGUUGACCAUAUCAAUACUGUUAACCACACAGCCGCCUGCAGGGACCUGCGCAACAACUAUCCUGAUUGGAAACCAGGCCAAAGCAAAAGCAGAGUGCAUGUGAGACCUCAUUCUCCCCAUGACCAUCGCCAACAUCACGGCACAGGAGAGUCACCACACCACAGUGGCUUAAAGCGCCCUUACAAUGAUCCAAAUAAGAGCUCUGCUAGCACCACCUCCUCCGAGGCGGAUCAAAGCUAUAAACAUGGACCAUCUCAUUCCUCCACUAAAACUGUCAAAAAGUCAACAAAGCCUGGGACCAAAACCAAUAAGACUGCAAGUGCCAAGGCGGCUGUACCAUCAUCCAAUCCUCCACCAGCCAAGAAGAAGAAAAAGACUGUGGCUCCACGAUCCCAGGACUCAUCCAAAGCAGGCCGUCUGGUUUAUCUGACUGGGAUUCCAAAGCAAGCCUCAGAGCAGGAAGUUACUCAAUUAGUGGUGUCUUAUGGCAGGAUCAACAACGUGAUCUUAAUGCCAUGCUCUGAGGAAGAGAGUGAAAAGGGUGAUGGACAAAAGGCGUCUGUCUGCAUGGUUAAGGCUGCAGAUGCACAGGCUUUGGCAAACUCAACAGACCUCACGAUUGGAGAGCAGCUAAUUACUGCUUCAAUUGCCAAGGUACCAGAGUCUUCUGCCAACAGUAACAGAAAACAUACUCUAAGUCCAGACAGGGGUGCUGAAACUAAAGACUCUGACCUCUCUACUGAAGUGAGUAAGGCUGACAUGAACACUUCUGCAAAGGGCUUGGUGUUGAUCACAGGACUUCCUGAUGGUGACUGGUCAGAGAGUGAUGUCAUCAAGCUCAUCCAGCCUUUUGGAAAUCCCACUGACAUAAUCUUCGCUAAAUCAGUGGGAAAGGCUCUACUGUCAGUGCCAGACGUGAAGACUGCUGAAGAGGCGGUCAAAGUUCACACCUCCAUUCCGGCAAAGAUUAAAGACUGUGAACUGAAGAUGAUUGAUAUCAAGCAGCAUAUUGGCACUGACACACCAGUGGCUCUGUACAAUCUACUGAUGCAGUCGCUGGACCCAUUGGAGAGUUCAAUAACAGUUAGCUGGACCAGCCUCUUGGUGAUCAAUAAUGUUCCUGAUACCCCCACUGGUUCCAGUGAAGUUAAGCAAUUGGUUCAGCGUUUUGGGACUGUGGUCAAAACUCUGGAACUUAAAAAUAUGGUCAUUUGUGAAAUGGCAACUGGAGCCAUGGCCCUCUCUGUCUAUAAACGCUUCCAGAGGUUUCCAUGCAUUAUACAAAACAACCCUCUGUUCUUUUCCCGCAAGCCUGACCCCAAAGCUAACACACAGACUGAAGUGUUACCUUCAAACCUGCAUUCGUCUGAGGAUAUUCUUGCAAAUGAUGAAGAAUGCAAUACAGGUCCAGCUGACGAAGAUGAGAGAGCACAUGAAGAAAAUGUUUCUGUGGAAAUGGAAAAAGGGCCAGAGAUAUUAAUGGGCCUUCAUAAAGUGGUAAAUGCAGAAGAGGUGGUGGGAGAAAAUGGAAGCUGUACCCCUCACGAGCCGAGGGAUGUGCUGUCCAAAUCUGCACUUGAACCACACACGCAGACUGACAAAGAGAAUGUGUUCACUAUUGAAGCAGUCAUGAAGGCUGACAAGAAAGAUGCAUCAGCUGAUGAGACUAUUAUGCAGACUGUAACUGUAAAUGCAGCUGAGUUAGAAAUCCAUGUUGGGCAAGAUACUUCUACAGAAGUGACCCUUUCAGAGUUUUCCAAGGAUACUCCAGAGGUGCAUGCAACAACUGACCACCAUCCAAAUAAAAUGGGAGGUUCUGCAAAUAGAGAUCGAGUUCACCUGGAAACAGAAGGGGAAAAGGUGUCAAAUCAAACGAUAGAGACGGAUAGACGAAAAGUAGUUGAUGAAACAAAAGGGACAGUAAAGAACCAUGCAGAGGCUGGUUUAAAGACUCAAGAGCGGGAGAGAAAUGAAAAAGAGGCAAGAAAGGAGAAGGAAGCAAAAGAGAGAGAGCGAAAUGUUAGGGAGAGGGCCUGGGAGAAAAUGCAAAGGGCCAAGUGGGAUAGGGAGCAGGAGGAAAGAACCAAAAGAGAGAGGAGGAAAAUGGAGAAGGAACGUGAUGUGUCCUCAGGACUCAGAUCAUCUUGCAGGUUUGAGACGUAUAAAAGCAACUCCUACAUGGUUGAACAAAGAAUCUCAAACAAAUCAGAUGCUAAACUGCCCAAAAUGGAGAGAGAAGAUUUUGAUUCCUUCCCAUUGAGCAUGAGUGACUUUGUCACUGUGGAUGAAGUUGGGGAUGUGACUGACUUGAAUGACCUGCUCCAUUCCCCUUCUCCUGCUGCUCCAGCGAAAACCACAGAGCAAGCGCACUCACUGACAAGUGUCCCACAGGACACUCAUGAGGUCAUACUUUUGGAAGUAACCAACGGAGUGAUUAUUCAACCGAUGAAGUCUGAUGAUCCCAUAACAGAUUUUCAGCAUCAGCCCAUGAAAUCUGAGGAUCCCAUAACAGAUUAUGGAGAUCAGCCUACAACUUCAGUUGGGACCUCCGAUAAUUUAUCAUCAGAUGUUAACGGCAUGCUUGGCUGCAAAAUUGCAGCCCCACCCACACAAACUCAGCAAGAAUUUUCUCCUGUCAACCAAAAAUUAGUGCCCACUUGUCAACCAGAAGAAUUUGAGAAGGAAACUAUACCUUCUGUUCCCGUGGAAUCUGUGAUCAAAGUUGAGGCUCUCCCAACACCUAUCUCAAUAAGCACAGCGGUCAUUGAUGACUCCACAUCAGAUGAUACCACGAUUGAGGUGGGAAUGACUUCAGGAAAUAACAAUGCAGAAGAAAAGCAAGCUGAAGCAACAACGCUGGUUAGCAGCCCUUUAAAUGAUGGGCAGACCGUAAUGUUGGAAAAAGCACAGGCAAUGGAAAAAAUGCAAACAGGGGACACACAGACAAGCCUUCCUUCUGAUGAGCCAGCAAGAGACAGGUUGUCUGACAUCCCAACAAUCAAUGAAGAGAAGGGUGUGGAUAAGCCACAAACUAAAGAAACUCCUAUGGCCACAGAAAAUACCCUCCAUUUUGACCCCAGCAUACCAGUUGGCAUGGAAUUCUUGGUCCCAAAAACAGGCUUCUUCUGCAAAGUUUGUAACCGUUUUUUCAGUGGAAACGAAGACACUCAGAUCACCCACUGCAAAAGCCUCAAACACUUUGAGAACCUGCAGAAAUACUUGGAGACAAGAAAACUGAAUGUGACUGUAAAACCAAAGUCCAGUCAAUAGUUUUGAUAACUGCUCUUGAGUGAAUAUUGCCAUUUCUGUCAUUUGAAUUCCUCUCUCUUUGUUGUCCUAGCGAAGCAAAGACAUUACAAAAGUCUUAUCCCCAGUCCACAGUGUCGGUAGAUGUUUAAUUUUUUUUUUAUUCACAGGUCACAAUUCACAACAUAUAGUGUGACUUUCAGGGGAUCAUCCCAUUUCUGAUAGGGAACUGAAUUACUACUAAAACAAAAUGGCUGAGGUAACUGAGCUAAAACGUCAAAUCAGCUUGGUCUUUUUAGUAUUGCUAUCAGCUAUAAUUUUUUACCGAUGUACGUUUUCAGGAAAUUUUUGUUCUUUGUCCAAACAAUUGUUUUUAGUUUAGUUCAAAGUUGUAUGCUCACAUUAUACUCCUUUGUCAGAGAUAUGGUCUGGCUAUGAACGAAAAUAAUUACUGUAACUGAAUUCAAAGGUCAAACAUCCCAGCAUGUUUUGUUCCCCAAAGUUUCUGUGAAGACCUACUGUAGUAAAAGUCUAGUGAGUUAUAGUUUAAGUGCAUAUUCCCUUGCUAGUUUAAUUUUGUUGUUACUGUCUUGGCUAGGUUGAAAUACUGUAUGUACUGAUUUCUGAUCAAGGAACAAGGUAAACUUGUACAGUUAAGAGGGCUGCAAGAAAAAACAUGCAGAAAUGUUCUCUAAACUGUUUUGGGGGGUCAGCUUUUUCAACAUAUUGUAUUCGUGUACCUUGUACCCUUAUGUACCCUCUGCAUUAAAGACCUUUGUAUGGCA